CGAUUAUUGAAGGGUUGGAUUUACUUAAUCCAUCGCCGAAAGGUCACCUUUUUUUUCUCACCUUUUUUUUUUUUGGGGACCCCGUAGCUUUCUUUGUUCUUUUCUUCAACCUCGUUGCCGUUGAUGGAGAGCUAGCAACCACGUGUCGUAAAGCAAGUUGCAUUACAGUAGCGCAAGGGACCUGGACCUGCGAAACACUUGUCGAGCCGCGACUACCCCUCUACCUCCAGCCUCCAGCCUCCAGCCUCCUCCCCGCGCAGCCGCGACCCCGGUUGCGAUUGGACGUUGCACUGCAGCGGCGCACGCAAAAGUCUUCCUACGCCCGACAGCGGCUCUUCGAUCCGUCUCUUCUUGCUCAACAUGGGCGACAUGGCGAACGAGAUCAAGCUGCUCACCGGCAACAGCCACCCUAGCCUGGCUAAGGGUGUUGCUGACCGGCUCGGCAUCGAGAUCGCAAAGACGAUGUCCCUCAACUAUUCGAACCAAGAAACCUCCGUCACCGUAGGUGAAUCCGUUCGCGACGAGGAUGUCUUCAUCCUGCAAUCCACAGCACCCAACAACAUCAACGAUGGCCUCAUGGAGCUGCUGAUCAUGAUCCACGCCUGCCGCACGGCUAGUGCCCGACGCAUCACGGCCGUCAUCCCCAACUUCCCCUACGCCCGCCAGGACAAGAAGGACAAGAGCCGUGCGCCCAUCAGCGCGAAGCUGAUCGCCAACAUGUUGCAGACUGCCGGCUGCAACCACGUCAUCACGAUGGACCUGCAUGCUAGUCAAAUCCAGGGCUUCUUCAACGUGCCCGUGGACAACCUGUAUGCUGAGCCGAGCGUCUUGAGGUGGAUCAAGGAGCAUAAGGGAACCCAAGAUAUUGUCAUUGUCAGUCCGGAUGCUGGUGGUGCCAAGCGAGCCACUUCGAUUGCUGACCGGCUCGAGUGUGCCUUUGCCCUCAUCCACAAAGAGCGGCCUCGCCCCAACGUCGUUGGUCGUAUGGUUCUCGUUGGUGACGUGACAGAUAAGGUGGCCAUUCUUGUGGAUGACAUGGCCGAUACCUGCGGGACGCUUGCCAAGGCAGCCCAAACGGUUAAGGAUCACGGCGCAAGAGAAGUCGUGGCCAUAGUCACACAUGGCAUCCUCAGCGGGGAUGCCAUCAACAUCCUCAACAAUAGCUGCCUGAGCGAGGUUGUCGUCACCAACACAGUGCCCCUGGGUGACAAGGAACAGCGAUGCAAGAAGCUGAGGGUUAUCGACAUCAGCCCAACCAUAGCGGAGGCUAUCCGCCGGACGCACAAUGGGGAGAGCGUUAGUUUUCUGUUCACACAUGCACCCGCGUGAGAUCCUGUUAUGGAACAAGGGGUGCGGGCAGCGUAGGAAAAAACACAAAAGGCGUAAGGAUUACGGCAGGGGGCUUUCAAGGGUUACUUAGGGCUAUGUGUUUUCUGUUAAAUUAUCGACAUGAUUGGAAUAAAUGGUCUUAUCCAUUUUGAUUAUUUGAUUGAUUGGAAAAAGGACAGCUGUUAUCCUCCGGGCUUUCCCAUGAUCGGACGGUUUGUGCAAUUUGGAAGAUAGGCAUGUCACAAUGAACAGUAUACCCAUCA